UUUCGUCGUCUUAAUAAUCAGUUACUUAAAAUUUCAAAUAGUAAACUAUCGGCUAACCUCACUUUAAUACUUUCUAUGUUAUGUUCAAAUAUGAAUUUAUCCUGUAAGAAAAUAUGCUUUAAAAAUGUUGAAGCUCCGUCAAAAAUAAUUAAGUUAAUAACAAAAAUAUGUAACAAUAGCAGGAAUUACUGUAAUACAUGUGUACCUCGUGUCUAUCCCUUGCAGAAUCAAACUCGUAAAAUAUGCUUUUACACUUUUAAAAACAAUGUUAAUAAUAAUUUAGUAUUCAAAAUUUUAUCAAUAAAUUAUUUAAAAUACUCGAGAACUGCGUUAGAAUUACCGCCACCAGUGCCAGAGACAAUUGAAACUCUACCUGAAGUUGAUACAUUUGGUAAUAUAGGAGGUUUAAAAUAUGAAAGAGUUGAAUUAGAUGCGGAAGAAUUAGAAGAAGAAGAAAGAGUAAAAAAUGUUCCUGGGCAAGUACCGAGAAAGUACAAGCCAAGGUCAGGGGAUUAUAUUAAAAUGAUAAAAAAUCAUAUAAUUAAAGGUGAAAUAAAUCUUGCUGAAGAAGUAAUUCAACUGUGUAUAAGAAACCGAGACAAGCCCGAUAGAUAUAUGUAUACAUUGAUAAUUAAUGCAUUUGCGAUACAGGGAGAUAUUAAACAAUGUUAUAAAUAUUACACCGAUAUGAAAUUGCACAAGCUUAAGAUGAAAGAAAAUAUCUAUACCAGUUUAUUUAACGCCUGUGCUAAUUCAUCGAAUUCGGAAAAAGCAUUGUACUAUUUAGAAAAAAUAAAGGAUUAUAUGAAAAAAAGUGGAACUCCUAUGAAUCAUGCACAUUAUAAUGUUUUAGUAAAAGCUUAUGGACGCCAUAAUGAAUUCAAGAAAUCAGAGAAAUUAGUUCAAUAUAUGAUAGAUCAUAAUUUGAAAAUCGGCAUAUCAACAUUAAAUAGCCUGAUGUACGCUGCCAAUACCAAUACAGCUACUGGCUUAGGUCAAAUUAUUAGUAUCUGGCAAUUUAUGCGACAACAGCAAAUCCCACCCGAUAUCUUUACUUACCAUCUUUUACUGAGAGGCGUCCGUGACACUCAUUUUGGAAAUUUAACAUUUAAAAAUUUACUUACUAUGAAUAAUCAGACACCGGUGUCGUUAAACUUUAAAAAUAUAUCAGAUUUAUUAGCAAAUCCACCUGUCAUUGGUUAUCUUCCACCUAACAGCGUUACAAAAAUUCCACCAUCUAACGAACUACCAGAUUUUGUAUUUAGUUCCCUAGAAAUUAAGAAAAACAAAUCGACAGAUUCGAAUGCUCCUGUACCUUCGAAUGAAAGUUCGCUAGAAGCCUUACCACCUUCUAUCGCCGAUUUGCACUUGGACAGUGUACUAGCGAAAAAUAAGUUAAUUCUCUUUGGAGGACUCGACGGAUUAUUAGAAAGAAUGAAAAACGAUAAGAUAAAUCCAUGUUUAAAAACAUUUUCAUAUUUAAUGGAGUUAGCUCCAGGUUCUGUCGCAGCAGAAGAGACAAUUAUAAAAUAUGCAAAACUACACCAAAUCAAACUAGAUAUAACUUUCUUUAAUAUAUUGAUAAAAAAACGUUGCACUCGAGGAGCCAAAAAGGAAGCUAAAGAAGUAGUUAAUUAUAUCCAUAAAGCCGAUUUGAAGCCUAAUAUUUUUACUUACGGUGUUCUGGCUCUUGCGUGCGUUACACCAAUGGAGUGUCUAGAUCUCCUCGAGACUAUGAAAAGUACUGCCUGUAGUUUAAAUAAAUACAUAGCUUUUCCAUUCAUUGAAGUUGGUAUAUCGAAGAAUAAUUUCAUGUUUAUAUUAAAAAUAGACGAUAACAUAUUUGAAAUAUUGGAUAAAUUUCAGCAAAAUAUGACAGCUUUAAUUAAGAAAAAGGAUAAAUAUACUACAACGGAGAAAUUUAAAACUGGAUUCUCAAAAUUCAAUAUGAGGUAUAAAUGUUGGCAAGAAGAAAUGGGUAGAAAAGUCGUAGUAGAACGCCAAUAAUACUAUAUGUAAAUAUUAUUGUACAUAUUACAAUGUAUUUAAAACGAUUAAAAAGUUGUUAUAAAAUAA